GCGUGGUUUCAAUUAACCACGUGUUCGUUUUAUCUUCCUUUUCUCUCUCUCUUUCUCUCUCUUUAAUUAUGAGUGUAGAAACAGGAGCAACAGGAGGUCUAGAAGAGGACCCUCCUGCUCCUACUCCUCCCCCGCAGUCUCAUCUUGCUGUACAAGAUUUAUCUAAACUCAAAGCAUCGGAGCUUAAUCCAUUGACUCCUGAGGUGAUCAGUCGCCAGGCUACCAUUAAUGUUGGCACCAUUGGGCACGUGGCUCACGGUAAAUCGACUGUAGUUAAGGCUAUUUCGGGCGUUCAGACGGUUCGUUUUAAGAAUGAAUUAGUUCGAAAUAUUACAAUUAAACUUGGUUAUGCUAAUGCUAAGAUAUACAAGUGUGAUAAUGAUCACUGUCCAAGACCAGGAUGCUAUAGAUCUGAUAGUAGCUAUAAACCUGAUGUCUUUCCUUGUGAUACCCCUGGCUGCAAGGGAAGUUUUCGUCUCUUGCGUCACGUAUCGUUUGUUGAUUGUCCUGGUCACGAUAUUCUCAUGGCGACUAUGCUCAAUGGAGCAGCUGUGAUGGAUGCUGCCUUGCUCCUAAUAGCUGGUAAUGAAUCCUGUCCCCAGCCACAGACGUCGGAGCACUUAGCUGCUAUAGAGAUAAUGAAAUUAAAGCACAUAAUAAUAUUACAGAACAAGAUUGAUCUCAUUAGAGACACUCAGGCUAAAGACCAAUAUCAAGAGAUUCUUAAAUUCGUCCAAGGUACAGUGGCAGAGGGUGCACCUGUUGUCCCAAUAUCAGCUCAACUGAAGUACAACAUUGAAGUUGUAUGUGAGUAUAUAGUGAAAAAGAUACCAAUACCACUGAGAGACUUUACAUCACAACCAAGACUAAUAGUUAUCAGAUCGUUUGAUGUGAAUAAGCCAGGUUGUGAGGUGGAUGAGUUGAAAGGAGGAGUGGCUGGUGGUAGUAUCCUUAAAGGAGUCCUCAAGGUUAAUGAGGAGAUUGAGGUUCGCCCUGGUAUUGUAUCAAAGACGCAAGAUGGAAAGAUACUCUGUCAGCCGAUUCUCUCACGAAUAGUUUCAUUAUUUGCCGAACAAAAUGAGCUACAAUAUGCUGUUCCUGGUGGACUAAUAGGUGUAGGUACUAAAAUUGAUCCAACUCUUUGCCGAGCUGACAGACUUGUUGGACAAGUGCUAGGGGCCGUGGGUGCUCUUCCAGAUAUAUUUGUAGAAUUAGAAAUAUCGUAUUUCCUUUUGAGACGAUUAUUAGGAGUCAGAACUGAAGGAGACAGGAAAGGAGCUAAGGUUCAAAAGUUGAGCAAGAAUGAAGUGCUAAUGGUCAACAUUGGCUCGCUUAGCACUGGUGGUAAAGUCAGUGCUGUGAAAGCCGAUUUGGCCAAGAUAGCCUUAACCCAGCCAGUCUGCACUGAAGUAGGAGAAAAGAUUGCACUCUCUAGGAGAGUGGAGAAGCACUGGAGAUUGAUAGGAUGGGGUCAAAUAAGAAGGGGUACUGUGUAUCGACCUUCGACCGACCAAUCUGACUCUUAAGCUUUUCCUUUUAUUAGAAAUUAAUAAUAUUAAUAAUUAAUAAUGUUGCCAUACAAUAAUGAACUACUUCUGUCUUUUAAUAA